AGAAGCAAAAGUGAAAGCAGCACUUCAGAUUGCUUUACUAGCCCGGAGAAGACGUUUUCUACCUCUCUGGGAGAAGCCUUGGUACCUCACCAUUGUCCAAAGAUGGGAUCCAGUUCGAGUACACCUGCCAGCCCAGUGAGGAGACUCUGAGAGGUUAAGCUACUCUCCUUGUAUCACAUAGUUAAUAAGGGCCUGUUCUAGGAUUUGAACCACCAUCUCCCAUCUGAUCAGGUAAACAUGAGAGGAAGAAAAGUGGCAAAGGAUGAAGAAAAUGCAAAUGACUCAGGAGAGGAGAGGCAGCCCCUACAAGAUCCCAAGCUGAGGCUAAUCCUGGUGGGGAAAAGUGGAACUGGGAGAAGUGCAACAGGGAACAGCAUCCUUGGAGAGAAUGUGUUUGUAUCCAAGCUUGGGGCAGUACCAGUGACCAAGACCUGCAGUAACGGGAACCGAAGCUGGGGUAGAGAAGAAAUCGAAAUCAUUGACACCCCAGAUAUCUUUAGCCUAGAGGUGGCUACAGAAGGUCUACUUUGUCCAGAAAUCAGUCGAUGUUACCUCCUCUCCUCCCCAGGUCCCCAUGCCCUGGUUCUGGUGACCCAGCUGGGUCGCUACACUGCGGAGGACCAGGAAGCCAUGAAGAAGGUUAAAGAGAUCUUUGGGAAUGAUGUUGUAAAGCAUACAAUCAUCCUCUUUACUCGAAAGGAAGACCUUGGUGGGGAGUCCCUGAAGGAUUACAUCCAGUUCACAGAUAACAAGGCCCUGAAAGAGCUGGUUACACAGUGUGGGGGCCGGGUCUGUGCCUUUAACAACAGGGCCACAGGGAGGGAGCAGGAAGAGCAAGUGAAUGAGCUGAUGCAUAUAGUGAAGAGCCUGGUGCAGAAGAAUAGGGGCAUGCACUACACCAAUGAGGUGUACAGCUUAGUGGAAGAGCUCCAAUGGGCCAGUCCAGAGGAGAAGUUCAGAAACAUUGGGGAGAAACUGGUUGAGUUUAAGGAAAAGAAUAGGAAGUCCCAGAUAUCCCGGGCCACAGUAGUCUUCCUGCAGCUCAGACAUUUGUAUGAGUCAAGAAAAUAUCACCCUAAACUAUGGGGAUUCAGCAUUGCCAUCUUUGGCUUUUUUUUCCUGUGGCUAGUGAUCCCGAGAGGUUUUUAUGAGGGUUGGUUGGGUACCACCAGUCAUGAAUAACUGCUGGCUGGCUUCUGCCACCUUUAUUAGUCACCAGAAGAAAUUCUUCACAAACACUGCUUUCUAAACUUGAUAGUCCCACAGCUAUCUAUCACCCUUCUGUGGGCUUCUCUAUAGCAUAGUCUGAAAAGUCUAGCUGAUGUCUCAUCCUCUUGAGGAAAACUUCCCAGUCAAUGUCAACUCCCAUGGUGAAGGAAGCUUAGUGCAUUUAAAAUAUCAAUGAAUUUGUACUCAGAUGACCUUGGUUCUAAAUCUAGUUCUGCCCCUCAUGGUCUAUCUGAAUUUGGACACAUUAUUUAUUUUCUAUGGGUCUCAGUUUCCUAAUCUGUCAAAUGGCAGUGGCGGGGAAGGGAAAUAGAUGAUUUUAAAGGUCCCUUUGAGCUCUAAAUCUAUGAAAUCCCUCCCCUGACUUUCUUUCAUAUGUGAAUCUAGCUGCUGGGGCUUUGUUUCAUACUUCCUGGUUCCAUAUGUAUUUGAUGUUCAUGCUUCUCCAUUAGACUCUGCAAGGUUAGUUGCCCACAUUUGUACAGCACUUCAAUGUUUCCUACAACUCUGAGGCAGUAGGGAGUGUGAGUAUAUUAUCCAUACUUUUUAGAUGAGGAAAAAGACAUAGAGAAGUCAAUUUGCCCACAGUAACCCAUCUGCAAAUGUUGGAGCCAGCCUUCCAACUUCAGAUGUAGAGAGUCCUUUCUACUUCCCUAAGCUGCUUCUCCUCUAUCUCUGUUUUCCUACAGGCCCCAGGACAUGUUAGGCAUGGAGUAAACACUGGUUGGAUUUAAUUGAAACCUAUCAUUUCUAUAAAGGAAUAUACUAUGUAAUCUAAAAUCCUUUGGCUGAUCAUCAUUAAAGAGAAUUGAUGAUUGUGGACACAAA